AUGGAUGCAGGAUCUUCAAACAGAUCUUGCGGUUCUGCUAAAGGCUAUGUGCGCAGGAUUAAGUCGAAUUCUUCCUUUUCGGAUAAAGGCGGAGCUAUGUUUUCAUACUACGAAUUACACUAA